GACCGGAGAAUGUCCCGGGCCGGACCCGGCCCUGGCCCCGCGCCGCCGCUGACUCAGCCCGUCCCGCCGCACCACGUGCAGCCGGGGCAGCCCCUGCGUCCCCCUCCCCGUCCCCUCCUUCCCUCCAGCCCAUCCAAACCCGAUGCCUGCCAAAAUUUUCCGGCUGCCUCCGAACUUCCUCAAUCCGGCAGCAUAAAAGCGCAGCGGCCGCGGCUCCCGCAGGCCCCGUCCCGGCGCUGCCACCGACGGCUCCGUGCUGGUGCUCAGCUGGUCCCCAGGAUGUGGUGGCCCGUGCUGCUGGCCCUGCUGGCCCUGCUGGCCCCCGCGGCGCUGGCCCAGCUGCGCCCCGAGCCGGAGCUGGACGCGCAGUGGGAGCUGUGGAAGAAAACGCACCGCAAGCAGUACAACGGGCAGGCGGACGAGGUGACGCGGAGGCUGAUCUGGGAGAAGAACCUCAAAUACAUCAACACCCACAACCUGGAGCACGCCCUGGGCGUCCACACCUUCGAGCUGGCCAUGAACCACCUGGGUGACAUGACCAGCGAGGAGGUGCUGAGGACAAUGACCGGGCUGAAGGUGCCCCGCGGCCACCAGCGCCGCAACGAGACGCUCUUUGUCCCCGACUGGACCGAGAGAGCCCCGGCUGCCCUGGACUGGCGCAAGAAGGGCUACGUCACCCCUGUCAAGAACCAGGGCCAGUGCGGCUCAUGCUGGGCUUUCAGCUCGGUGGGUGCCCUGGAGGGGCAGCUGAAGAGGAAAACAGGGAAACUGCUGUCCCUCAGCCCCCAAAACCUGGUGGACUGUGUGGCCAACAACGACGGCUGCGGGGGCGGGUACAUGACCAACGCCUUCGAGUACGUCCGGCAGAACCGCGGCAUCGACUCCGAGGACUCCUACCCCUACAUCGGCCAGGACGAGAGCUGCAUGUACAGCCCCACGGGGAAGGCGGCCAAGUGCCGCGGCUACCGCGAGAUCCCCGAGGGCAAUGAGAAGGCGCUGAAGAGGGCGGUGGCCCGGGUGGGACCCAUCUCCGUGGGCAUCGACGCCAGCCUGCCCUCCUUCCAGUUCUACAGCCGGGGUGUGUACUACGACGAGAGCUGCAACGCUCAGAACAUCAACCACGCCGUGCUGGCCGUGGGCUACGGGGCCCAGAAGGGCACCAAGCACUGGAUCAUCAAGAACAGCUGGGGCGAGGAAUGGGGCAACAAGGGCUACGUCCUCCUAGCCCGGAACAUGAACAACGCCUGUGGUGUGGCCAACCUGGCCAGCUUCCCCAAGAUGUGACCAGCCCUCCCAGCCCUUCCCUCCCCACUGCCCUGCCCUCCAGCCCAGCCUCUUCCCUCCCAGCCUCAAAGAUGACGGUGCUCCCAGGGGGAAUUCAUUGUUCCCGUGAGAAAUUCCCCCUGGGAAGGGGAGACACCCCUCUUCCACCUGCAGGGAAUGGGGGAUGAGCCCCCCUCAACUCUGUUUUCCUCACUUUGCCAUGCUGGCUUCUGCCUUCCCACGGAUCCGUGAAGGCCAAUCCGCCCAGACGUGCUUCAGGAAACAGGUUCCACUCCAGCCUCUGCCUCAGGAACGCUGGGGUGGAGGUGGAAUAGUCCCAGUGGACAACACAGGUCCCUCUCUCCCCACCCUCCAUCCCAGUGCUGGGAAUGAUAUGACUUUAUUUUUCAACUAAAAUUGGGAAUUAGGCUUGGA